AACGAUAAAGUUCAAUAAAAGUGUUGAGACUUAUAGUUUGGGCAUUAUGUGAAUCGUGAUAAUUCGAUUUUUAUCUUUGACUUAAAUAGGAAUUUUUCGUUACGUUUCAAUUCAAAAUUUGUGAGUCCGUCGGAAAGACAAGGAACAUUUACAAUGGCGAAACUGUUAGUUCUAGUCACAUUAGUGGCUAUGAUUUUGGUGGCUGAAGGUAUCCGCAUGAACAAGAUUAAAGGCAAGGCCAACGAGAAGCUCCACAAACUGUUAAACCGUCGUGAUCCGUUCCCCGAACCAGAAAAUCCACCACGCACCAGUAAUGUUGUGGAAGGAUGGGUUACACAACGUGUAGACAAUUUCGAUACAAACAACAACGCCACCUGGCAACAACGAUACUUGAUGAACGGUGAACAUUUCUUGGAAGAUGGAUGCAUUUUCCUUUUCUUGGCUGGAGAAUGGCCAAUUACCGGUUAUCGUCUGGAAAACAGUUUCAUGGAAGAAAUGUCGCAAGAAUUGUCCUGUUACAUGUUCUACUUGGAACAUCGUUACUAUGGUGAAAGCAGACCAACUGAUGAUGUAACCGAUGAAAAUUUGAGAUUCUUGACUGUUGACCAAGCUCUUGCUGAUGCCGCUCAUUUCGUUGAACACAUUAAGUCAAAUGCCGUUACUCCUGGAGCGCAAAAUUCACCAGUUAUUGUCAUUGGUGGUCAAUACUCUGCUAGUUUGGCAGCAUGGAUGCGUCAAAACUAUCCUCAUCUCGUUGCUGGUGCCUGGGCAUCGAGCGCACCCGUGCUCGCUGUUUAUGACCAGUUCCAGUACAAAGAACUUUCCGGUGCCGUCUACCGUCACGUUGGUGGCAACGAGUGCUACGAGAGCAUUGAACGUGGUUUCGCUGAAAUGGAACAGAUGGCAGUUUACAACCCUGAGGAACUUGCAGAUAUGUUCCAUUUAUGUAAUGAAAUCGAGGACGAACUCGACAUUCAAAUUUUCUUCUCCGCAAUGUCAGAAGUAUUCUCCCUGUUGGCUCAAUUCGACCAAGUUGCAAACGUUGCCGGAGUCUGUGAUCUUAUUGCUGGCGAGCACGAAUCCGAUGCUGCAGCGAUUGCCGCCGUAAUUGUGUAUUUGAUUGAUGAGCUCGGUGAAGAUGAGGAAUGUAUCGACAUUGACUAUGAAGCGGCUAUUGAAGGAGAACGUCAGACAGAAUGGACUGAUCCAAUUCCUAGCUUCGGAUUGAGACAAUACACCUAUCAACUCUGCUCGGAACUCGGAUGGUAUCACUCAUCCAACUCCGAUUUCCAACCGUUCGGAUCCAGCUUCCCAUCGGAAUUCCGUCACAUCGCCUGCGGAGAUAUUUUCGAUUUCUAUUCCCGAGACACUGCUGUUGAGAACAUUAACCGUUUCAAUUCAAUCCGCGGAGGUUUGAAUCCUGGUUCAACCAAUAUUUUCUACACUCACGGACAACUGGAUCCAACCAGAAGCGUCGGUGUUCAGACCACCUUCCAUGAAUCAUCACCAGUCCUUGUUAUUUUAGGUGCGUCGCAAGGCAAUGAUUUGGGUCCAUCAGAUGAAGAUGACUCUGAAGCAUUGACAGAGGCAAGGGAGACCAUUAAAUAUCGACUUUACAAUUAUAUCAGAGAAGCCCAACGAGACACUAUUGUUCCAAUUUAAGUCCGUUCUUUACGGUUUAGUAGAUUGUAGUAGCAUCGAAUGAAGCGUCGUUAAGUUUAAAUAAAUUGAAAACGAACGGAAA